UCCACGCACUCGGCAAAACACCUAAACACGUUCCUUGCAUAAUGAUGAUCUCGCUUAAUCGCGAUUACGCACGAGUCGAGGACGUGAUGUCCGCGUAUAAAAGGGCGAAGCGAUCGGAACGAAGGUGUAUUCGACAGGAUGGAGGAACGUCGCGCGACGAAGGACGAGUUCAAGUAUCUGACAGGAUUCGGCAACGAGUUCUCUAGCGAAGACGAACGUUGCCCCGGUGCUCUGCCCGUUGGCCAGAACAAUCCUCAACGAUGCCCGUACGGCCUCUACGCGGAACAAUUGUCCGGCACCUCGUUUACCGGUGAGUAAUCUCG